AAUUUCCGGAUCGUGUUUUGGUGGAUUCAGCCUCACUGAGUGCGUCAAAACGCACGUCACUCGUCGGUAGUGGAGUAGUAGGCAGGACGCGUCGAGAAAUGCGCGUCCGUGAGCCGCGAGGUCGGUAUGCACAAUUCCGGCAAUGAGAGCAGCGCCGGUGGGUGUCGAAGAGCAGAUUCACGUUGUCACUUUAAUUAGUCUAGGCGUGUGUUGAUGUUGUUCAUUUAAAUAACUAAAUAAUUAUUAUGAUCACUUUUAUAAACGCUUUAAAUUAAGCUUUCAAAAGGACGAGGGAAACUAAACGACGUCCAAUCGUCACCUCGUUAUCUAAACACAUACUGCGGCUUUUUAAUGUAUUCAUUUUGAAGCUAUUGGUACGUCAAGGCUACAUGUAUGAUUUUUUUAUCAUUCCUCACCAAUUUCUCCGCGCAUGUGUGUCGCCACAUCUUAUUCUUAUCAGUGUGAUAACCGCGCACCUUGCCCUAAAUAUACAUAAUUGAAGACUGCUGAUAAAUGAGGGCAGUUUGCCAACUAAUACCCCAAACAGCAAUCAUUUCAUUGCAAUCACUGCAAUUAUUAAAUACGAUAUUCUUAUAUGUGCCACUGAUCGAUAAGCGGUUACUGGUACCCCUGCCUCAGCACACACGCACUUGACUCGCUGCCUGCAUCACCAUGCACUCUCUGAUGGGCUCCUCAGCCUCUGCCUGCCUCUUUUUUACUCUAGCCCUGCAGCAUAGCAAGAGCUACAGCAACGUUUCUUGCAGCAGUCAGAAUUAGCAGCCAGCCUGUACUCCUCUGGGAGAGAAGACAUCGAGAGAGUGAGACAGAAAGAGAGCGAGAGAGAGGGAGGGCGAGAGAAGGAACCCUUGUCACACACUACAGUCUUUAAGUGUGGUACUGUAUGAUUGUCUCUCUGUGCAGACGGGGGACAAGACGAUCGUGGUUCGUCUCUCACCGAAGGGCUCAUCACUUGCAUUUGCGGCUGCGUUUUUGAUACGGCCGUCGACGGGAUUUCAGGGGGAAUUAGGAUCAUUUAGGCAGAGCUGGAUCGGGCAUCGAGGGAUCCGCGAUGAUCUCCGUCUGGAGGGGGCAUUGGAUGGCUCAAUGGGGGUUCUGCUGGGUUUUCCUGGGGCUUUGGAGGUUCAGCGUCGGGUGCCCUGCAUUCUGCACAUGCAGCAGCUCGAGGAUUUCAUGCAUCGACCAGGAACGUGGGAUCUUGGAUUUCCCAGUUCUGCAGAACGAUAUCGAAAUGGAAAACGUUACCGAAAUAUAUAUUGCAAAUCAAAGUAAAUUGGAAUCCAUCAACGACAUGGACUUGAAAAUGUAUAGGAACCUCAGAAAUUUAACUGUGACAAAUACUAGCUUGACUAACAUAUCCCGCCAAGCCUUUCUGAGCAAUGCCAGACUGCAAUAUCUGAACCUUAAAGAUAACAAACUGUCUACAUUGUCCUGGAAGGUUUUUCGCCACUUAAACCUAUCGUACCUAAUCCUGUCUGGGAACCGGCUCCGCUGUUCCUGUGAGAACAUGUGGAUCCGACUCUGGUUGGGGGACGAGGCCGACAGCCAGGAGCUGCGCUGUGUGGAGGACAGCGGUCGAGAGAGGCCCCUCUCCCAGCUCUCCCCACCUGGCUGUGUCCCUCCUGUGGCAACACUGACCCCUUCUAACAUAACAGUGAUCCAGGGCGCCGAUGUUGUGCUGGAGUGCAGCGCCUCAGGAGCGCCCCCUCUUGAACGUACUUGGAAUUUCAGCACCUUGGUCUCCGCCAAAAAGGUGAGGAACUUCGGGCAGCGAUCGGAGGUCCGCCUUUCUAACCUCUCCUCCGUCGACAAUGGCUGUAAGAUCACGUGCAACGUCGAGAACGACGUCGGCGAGAACGAAUCCUCCGUCGUGCUCGACAUUCUCUUUGCUCCGGAGAUCACCAAACUCCUGGAUGCAGUUUCGGAUCACCACUGGUGCAUCCCGUUCAGCGUGGCUGGGAAUCCCACGCCGACACUGCAGUGGCUGUUCAACGGUGAAGUGAUUGCCGAGGACAACUACAUCCAGACCAUGAUCUACGACUUCUCCGAGAGCGAGUACCACGGCUGCCUUCAGCUCGACAACCCCACGCACCUCAACAACGGCCAGUACACGCUGGUGGCCGUCAACAAGUUUGGCAGAGACCAGAAGUCCAUUGAUGCUCACUUUAUGCGCAAACCUUGGGAUGGAGUGAUGACUGAGCCUAUCUACUAUGACUCGACCACAGAAGAUCCCCCAAUAGAACCAGGAAGCAAAGACAGUGUUGCCGUGUAUGUGGUGGUUGGAAUCGCUGCUGUGGCUUUCACUGGAUUUAUCCUCAUGCUGGUUCUUCUCAAGUUUGGGAGAAACUCAAAAUUUGGAAUUAAAGGACCCUCAUCAGUGAUCAGUAAUGAUGAUGACUCUGCCAGCCCCCUCCAUCAUGUAUCCAAUGGCAGCAACACCCCCUCUUCGUCAGAGAUGGGCCCCGACGCCGUCAUCAUCGGAAUGACCAAGAUUCCCGUCAUCGAGAAUCCGCAGUAUUUCCGCACCUCCGGCAACCUGCUAAAGUCCGACACCUUUGUCCAGCAUAUAAAACGGCACAACAUUGUCCUGAAGCGGGAGCUGGGGGAGGGGGCCUUCGGGAAGGUCUUCCUGGCAGAGUGCUACAACUUGUCUCUGGACCAGGACAAGAUCUUGGUGGCUGUCAAGACUCUGAAAGAGGCCAGCGAGAAUGCCCGCAAGGACUUCCACCGAGAGGCUGAGCUCCUGACGAACCUGCAGCAUGAGCACAUCGUCACGUUCUACGGCGUGUGCGUUGAGGGCGACCCGCUUAUCAUGGUCUUUGAGUACAUGAAGCAUGGAGACCUCAACAAGUUCCUCAGGGCCCACGGGCCGGACGCUGUGCUGAUGGCGGAUGGGCAGAACAAUCGGCCGGUGGAGCUGAGCCUGUCGCAGAUGCUGCACAUUGCCCAGCAGAUCGCCGCCGGCAUGGUCUACCUGGCCUCUCAGCACUUUGUGCACCGUGACCUGGCCACACGCAACUGCCUGGUGGGCGAGAACCUGCUGGUGAAGAUUGGCGAUUUUGGCAUGUCCAGGGACGUCUACAGCACUGACUACUACCGGGUAAGUGUCGGCGGUCACACCAUGCUGCCUAUCCGCUGGAUGCCUCCGGAGAGCAUCAUGUACAGGAAGUUCACCACCGAGAGCGAUGUCUGGAGUCUGGGCGUGGUCCUGUGGGAGAUCUUCACCUAUGGCAAGCAACCCUGGUACCAGCUCUCUAACAAUGAGGUGAUUGAGUGCAUCACUCAGGGCCGGGUCCUUCAGCGACCCCGUACCUGUCCGAAGGAGGUGUAUGACCUUAUGCUGGGCUGCUGGCAGAGGGAGCCUCACGUCAGGCUCAACAUCAAGGAGAUCCACACCAUGCUGCAGAACCUGGCCAAAGCCUCACCAGUCUACCUGGACAUCCUGGGCUGAUCCCCACGCUGAGCGCGCGCGUGUGCGUGUGUGUGUGUGUGUGACCGCGGCAUGAGCGAGUGUGUGCGAAUGAGGCGUGUGUGAACAUGUGGAAGUGUACGUGCCUGAACAGCCAUGAUCCCGCUCUCAGUUCUGACGGCGUUGAAAAAGAUGACAAGGAGAAGCUUUUUCUAAAGGGCCUCACACACCCCCCCAGCACAUGACAGACCCCACACGCCCCGACUCUUCUUUCAUCCUCCCUUCUUACCCAUCUGUCUGUAUUUGUUUUGCUUUCGUUCGAUAUAAAUUUCCAGAGUGAUCACCUUGCAUCUCCAGCUGUCUGCAUCCAUGCCUCUGAGGAGUUUCACACUCGCUCUGCAUAAUGAAAAUUACUCUCUCCUGUCCUUGCCUUUGCCCAGGAUGAGCAAAAGGGAAAAAAAGACUAUAACUGUCUCCUGUACAUAUUAUCCGUCACCAAGUCUCAGCCCUCCUGCCCUCCAGUGCCAAGGGUGUGGCGACGUAUUUAUUUAUUUUUGUGCUUUGCGUGGUGUUACCAAGGAGAAAGCUAACAAAAUGUGGCUGUGCCUGAGAAUAGGAGAAAUGUAUUGUUAAGACCCCCCAUCCAGGGAUUUCUGCAGAUAGGGGGGAUGGGGGGGCUCUGUCAUACUCACCCAAAGUACUGCUUUCUCUUUUUUUAACUUUCGGAUCUCCUAUCCAGAGCUUUCGUUUGUGCAAUGAAAUGUAAUUGACAAAACCAGGGGAAAAGUGUUGAGUCACUGCACCGGGAAGCAUCGUCAUUUCUCACUUGGGGGUGGGGGGGGGGGGCAACAUUCUUGAACAAUCAUUUUGCACUCUAAUGCACAUAUUUAUUUCAGGGUUGGCUCUGGGGGUGAGGGACUUCCUUACUGCAGGGAUGUAAAUGCCCUGACAAAUCGCCCAAAAACGUGUGCUUAUCACGGCCGUGGCUGCGGAUGCUAAUGCCCCUUACAGUAUUUUGUGGGCGCAAAAUUGAAUUUUGCAUGUUUUUUUUCACUACUUGAGUAAUGUAGCCGUUUAAGAACAGAGCAGGCUCCCCGUAAUGGUGUAAUGUAUAUUUCAUUAAGGAGACUAAUGCAGACCAUUAGCAAAGCACACAUUUGAUGGGGUGAUAGAAACUCUGCAACAUGGACAUUUAAGAUUUAUUGUUUUACGGGGAAAAGAGACUCUGCACUGAAUCUCUCCAGAGGCUUGGAGAUCAGAUUUAUUACAGUUUGAUUUGUACCUUUUGGAAUGCUGGUCUUUCAGCACUUUGACCAGUGAAGCAGUUGAAGAGGCCCCACCAAACAGUUGAGGCCAGGCGUGUUGCACGCAUCUUCGUACAGAUGUGUAGAGCAUACUCUGUGAAAUGAGAGCGGAAAGGUGAGAUCUGGGAAUUAACAUGGAGUCCCAUUCAGUGGAAAGACCCAAACUCUCAGCAUUUGUCUCCUGGAUGGUUAUGGCCAUUGUAACAAAUUGUACUUUUUAAUAUCAUUCUUUCAUAUUUUUUUUCAGUAUUUAUAAGUUUAUGUCUUCUGGUGGUUAUAGUCUUAGUAAACCAGUGUUAAUUUGACAAGUUCUUUUUGAUAGUCUAUUUUUAUACUUAAUUUAUUUGACUUGAAGCACUUUUACAUUUUUUUUUGUCUGGAACAGUGUUGUCCUUGCUUGAACAAAAACGCAGGUUUUGUUUCACUGAUUUCUUAGUUGUUUGCUCUUGACUUAAUCCAGGGGUUCAGGUAAUCCAUGGAAACUGACAUUCCAGAGUAUUAAAUUUGUCUUGAACCCACUGUGCGAUCUUCUGUAUUGACUGAGGUCAAUCACAGCGAAGCCGGCCACCAAGGCAGAACGUUUGAGUGAUGUUAGCGGCAGCGUCCUCGUGCGAUCACGACACAGAAACGCCUCAAACUACAUGCGUCACGGGGGAGCGGAAGAAGUGGGGGGGGGGGGAGCAGACCCCGUCACUCCCAGGCGCAGCCACAUAGCAUCACGGUGAACGCUUUGUCCCCCACCCCCUCCUUGCCCCCUGUUGCGGCAAAGAUGGAACACAGCUCCCCCGCUAAGCCCCCUGCAGGCAGAUGGAGGAAUGCGCACUCCAUUACAGACUGUCGUAGCAAUGACAAGUAAUGACAAUCAAAGCCGUUUUCCCUUUUUUACAUUGACCUGCACGUCGAGAGAACAUAGAGAAGCCCUCGCCACUGUGGUGUGACAGGCAGUCUAUGGCGCCGGCGCAUUCGGUGGAGAGUCCGGGAGCAGAGUGGGACACGGUGAAUGUGGACAACCUCCAAGAGGAUGCCCGGCGUAUCCGUGCUGUCCGAGACCUGGAGGACCGGAGGAUCCUGAAGGAGGACUUCUCACCGAGGAUCUGAGCAGCAGAUAAUGGGGAUUCUUUUUUUAAUAAUCUCAUCCAUCCUGACUGUGAUGAGGUUCACAGGCACAUCUGUCUACCUUUUGUCAAGCGCGUGGGGCUCGAUAGAGUGAAGUAAAAAUAACUGAGCUCCCAGGACAGGCAGCUCCCUGCGUCGGUCAGCUUGUGAGGGUCCCGUGAGCGUGACGAGCCAAACCCCGAGAUCAUGUGACCUGCAUAGAGCAUCUGUAGAUACUCAGCCAGGUUCCCCAUCACCUCUGAGCCCCCAGCGGACACCUGGCCAUGACUGAACACCAUGCCUUCGCUCAGGAAGGCAGCAAAGAGGCUUCUGAACGCUGCUGAGGCACGGCCCCGGACACAACGCCAUCUCCGUGCUUCUCAUCUUUCCAUUUAUAGUGGCAGCCAUAUUUAUCCACGAUUAUGAUAAUGUUACCCAUUACAGUCCUAAGUACCAAUUGUCUCCUCUUAAAGUAUCGGUGCCUACAUGUCCAGAGACAAGCUGAAUCUUUACCAAGUGGACAUAAGACUUUGUUUGCGAAUAAUGCAUUUAAAUUUUUUUUUUCUUAAUGUGAUCAUGAUUAAUGGUCAUGAACAGGAUUGAUGUUGUUAUAGUGGAAAAUCGAUUGGAAAUAAGGCAGAACAUUCUGAUGAGGAAAUCCGGCAUCCGUGGAAAUGCAGCCCAUCUCCUCACCAUGGCUCUAGAGCGUUUGGCGUCACGUAUUCACUCAGUCAUGUGCUGGUUAGCAGUGGGGGGGGCUGUCUAUCUCAUGCAAGAUGCCUGUUGCUGGAGAGCGAUGGUAAUUCUAACAGGCUGGGGAGUGUGGGACUGCUAGCAAGCUGGUGCCCAACUGCAUUUUCCAUCUGUAAAGAAAAAAAAAUAAAUAUAUAUAUAUAUAUAUAUAAAAUUCGCAAUUCAAUAUGUAGAACUAUCAACAAACUGAAAGGGGACAAGCUUCCCUAUAUGAAUAAAAAAAAAUCUGCUUCGAAUGAUUUUUUUGUUUUCCUUUGAGGGGCCCUGUGGAGAUGACCCCCCUCCAAAAAAUAAAAGUAAAUAAAAACUUGUGUCAUGUCUCCGCUUGUGGCCUCGGCAGCAAUGGGAAACCAAGACAGCCCCCCCAUAUGCUGUACCCUCACAUUGCCCGAGGGAGGGGGCACAAGAGGGUGGGAGAGGCUCCGCAGUGGACACCCCCACUGAAGGCCAAACCUUUUUUAUCGUUUCUUUGAGUUUCUCCUUAAAAUAAAAAAAAAAACUGUGACUCCGCAUAAUGAACAAUCUCUUCUUUUGAAUGUAUCUGUAUAUUGUGUUAGGUUCCUUUUUUAAUGACUGAAACACACUCUCACGGGACUCUGAAAGGCAUUACUUGUCCAUCCAUAGAAGGUUCCAAGCGCUGUAUCCUUAGUCUUUGUGCUGGCUUUUCUCACUGUUUGGUGUGUGGCAGGCAGAAACAUGCAUCCUGGCUGAUUCAUAUGCCACAGUGUCACUAUAUAAUGAUGAUUAUUAUUUGUGUACCAUGUGAUCAGCUUCUCCAAUUAAAUGGAAAAGUCUCUUGUAAUACAGUGUAUUUAAUAAAAGUGUUAUGUCUUACAAUA